AUGACGUCCGAGCAGGAGAACUUCCUGCUGGAGUCGAUCGCCAAGGCGAACGUGGACGAGCACGAGCUGCCAGAGGCGCUGGCGACCCUGAGCGACGAGCGCAAGAAGACCUGGAAUGAUAACCGCGACUACAAGAGGCAAUUGCGAGUGGACAGGAAGUUCCAUCAGACACCAGGGGCCUCGGGAUCCAGGCCUUCGGCCCCCGCGCCUCCGCCUCCUGGCAAGAGAGAUGGCCAUCGCCGCAAUGCGAAAGGAGUCGUUCGAGGUCGAAAGAAGAGGUUGCCCGUGGACAAGCUGGUGAAGGUCGCGAAAUGCAGCAAUGUCCACAAGGAAGGACACUGGGGCCGAGAAUGUCCAGAGCGACGGGGUCGGGGUCAGACGACGUCGGCGCCGCCAGGAGGUCGGGAGCCCGCGCCCGGCUCCGUUCUCCUGGGCCCACCCUGA